AUGAACUGCACUCACGUUGACAUUGACAGCGAGGGCGAUCUUGCAAUGGCUUAUCCCGAUCGACUGUUCCAAGCCUCGUGGGCAGUUACCCUCUCUGUCUAUACAUCUUCUGAAAAUGUCGAGUUCCACUAUCUGUCUAUAUAUGAGGGAAAAGGCAUGCUGCGUGCCCAUGCAGCUGUCAGUCCAGAGAUGUUGGCCAUAGAGACCAUCUGGCAGACAGUGCUGGUGGGCAUGGGCGAGGGUGAGGUUGACAAAGCUCCCGGAAGUGCAAUGUCUUGUGUCCGGCGCCUGCGAGUACCUAGCAGUGCAUCCGGGUCGGAAGACAGCUGGUCGGUUGUAUCUACCCAGAGCGGCUCAGUGGCAGAUGAGGAGAGCAGAGUUUCGUCGCCGUCCGUUCCGCACAUGGAUAUCUUGGACUGUAUAUCAAAAUAUGCGUCAUCAGAACCGGCAGUGUUGGCGGUGGAGUCAUGGGAUGGACGGCUUUCGUACGCGGCGCUGGAAGCCCUGUCUUGCACACUGGCCGAGCGCUUGCUGGAAAUGAGAUUGAGCCUCGGUCCAGGAAAGUCGGUUUAUGUGCCGCUGCUUUUCGAAAAGUCUCUCUGGACCGUUGUUGCCAUGGUCGCCGUGAUGAGGACUGGUUGUGCCUUUGUCUUGCUGGACCCCUCGCAGCCAUUCCAGCGAUUGCAGUCCAUUUGCGAAGAAGUCAACCCGUCGGUGGUGGUUUGCUCCGCGGGGUGUUCCGAAACCGCCGCAUUGUUGGCACCAGCGUUCCUUCCUCUUGACGACAGCCUCUACAGCCCACUCCCACCUGCCUCCUUGCACCCACUGUCCCCAAUCUCAAAAAGGAUCAAGGAAACCGACUCCCCCCUGUACGCUGUUUUCACAUCAGGUACCACGGGCAAGCCGAAAGGCAUCGUCAUCAAUCGCCGCGCCUUUCUCUCAUGCGCACGCGCCUAUGUCCGCAAGACAAGACUGAACCAGCAGACGCGAUGUUUUCAAUUCGCUUCGUACGCAUUCGACGUCAGUAUUUCAGACACGCUCAAUGCUCUGCUUGUCGGCGCAUGCAUCUGCAUCCCGUCAAACGAAGAAAGAUUGAGCAAAGUCGCAGAGGGCAUCCGCCGCCUGAAACCCACAUGGGCGGACUUGACACCAUCUCUACUGCGACAUAUGUCACCGGAGGAUAUGCAUACCAUCCAGACAGUCGUCGUCAGCGGCGAAGCUAUGACGCGCGACGUGGUCGAGAUGUGGCAAAGUCAUGUCCGUCUGAUCAAUGUUUACGGACCCGCGGAAUGUUCGGUUUCAUCAACCCUGUGUAUGGCGGUCUCUGCGGAGAACGCGUCAGAUAUUGGGACCGCAUUUGUCGGAUCGACUUGGGUGGUUGACCCGGCUCACCAUGAGAAACUUCGACCAGUUGGAGCUAUAGGCGAGCUCCUGAUCGAGGGCCCGCAUCUCGGGCGAGGAUACCUCAACCAUCCGGCCAAGACGCACGCCGCCUUCAUUUCUGCACCCUCUUGGUUGCAAGGUCACUUUGGGCAGGAGUUCUCUGGUGACCAGCGGCUUUACUGCACGGGCGACCUUGUGCAGUAUCAACCAGACGGCUCACUGCGGUACGUCGGCCGCAAGGACACCCAGGUCAAGCUUCGAGGCCAGCGCGUGGAGCUGGGCGAGGUUGAGCAUCACGUUCGAGCCGCUUUCUCUCAUGGUCCGACGGUAAUAGCGGAGGUCGUCGCCUUUGAUCAUGGCCCAAGUGCUUUGGUAGCAUUUGCCGCGAAACCCAGCGCCCUUUCUGACAAAUCCACGUCAUCAUUGAUACAGCCACCUGACGCUCAACUUGUUGAGCAGGUCCACGCAGCACGACAGAUGCUAGACGCUUCUGUUCCAGACUAUAUGAUACCAAGUCUGUUCCUUGCCGUCUCUCAAAUCCCUUUGACCCCCAGUGGCAAGAUAGAUCGACGACGGCUGCGCAAGGAGGCUUCGGAUCUCUCUAGAGACCAAGUGAGAGAGUACGCCGCCAACACCAAGCACGACGCAAAGCGCACAGCACAAACACACUCCGAGCUGAAACUGAUAGCGGUGGUCGCACGAGUCCUUAAUAUUGAGCCGGAUUCUGUUUGUCUGCAUGAUGAUUUUUUCGCGCUCGGCGGCGACUCGAUCACGGCCAUGCGGGUCGUUGCUCAAUACCGACAAGAGGGACUUGUUCUAGAAACCGGCGACGUUCUGAGACAUCGAACUAUCGCAAAGCUGGCGGCGGUCUCAGUUCCCGAUUCCUGUCCCAAUAGCAUUCCCAUUCCCAUCGAAGACCCGGAAGACGUGGCGUUCGACCUCUCUCCCAUACAAGCAAUGUUAUUCGAAGACUCGCCUGACGACGCCAACUAUUUCAACCAGAGCUUCUUCGUGGCCAUGUCGCGCGACAUCGAUCUUCACAAUCUUAGUCUCGCGGCGCACGCGGUGGUGGACAGACACUCCAUGCUGAGGGCCCGAUUUAGUCGCUCUGAGAACGGAGUGUGGACGCAAAGAAUCACUGGUGACAGAAGAGAGUCCUUCCGAUGCAAGGAACACUUGCUUGGCCACAAGGGCCAGGUAACGGACAUAAUGAACCAGUCGCAGGCAAUGUUUGAUUUGGAGAGUGGGCCUAUCUUCUCCCUGGACCUGAUCAGGAUCGACGGCGAGCCGUACCCAUUCUUGUUUGUCAAUACCCAUCAUGCUGUCAUUGACCUGGUCUCAUACCGUAUCCUCUUAGAGGACUUGGAAGAUUUCUUGGACACGGGAGAACUAUCAGCACAGAGUUCCCCUAUGCCUUUCCAAUGGUGGUGUCGCUUGCAAGCAGAGUAUGCUGAGACCACAUUGCAUCCUGAUGCUGCUCUUUCAAUGUCCAUGACUCUUGAUGCCGGUGUCAUAGACAAGUACUGGGCCUUGGAAGGGGUUGCAAAUAACUACGGCAAUGCGCAGACGACGCCGCUCCUGAUUGAUGAAGCGACCACCGGAUUAAUCCUGACGACCGCAAACCAAACCUUCCGCACGCAGCCUGUUGAGCUGCUGCAUGCAGCAGUGCUGCACUCGUUCUUGACGGUCUUCUCUGACCGUCCUCCGCCCACCAUUUUCAGCGAAGGCCACGGUCGCGAGCCCUGGCACUCGAGCAUCGACCCAUCAAGGACAGUGGGCUGGUUCACAACAAUAUGGCCUGCGCCGGUCGACUUCAACGGUUUCAGAGCUAAUGAUAUUUCGGACCUUGUCAGACGUGUCAAGGACGCCAGGCGAAGUGUUCCUGGAAAGGGUCACCCUUAUUUCGCUUCUCGGUAUCUGAACAGUCACGGGAGAGAGAUGCUUGGGAAGCAGAAAAUGGAGAUUGUUUUCAACUUCCAUGGACAAUUUCAGCAAUUCGAGCGGGGCGAUAGUCUCUUUCAGCAUGUCGCUUGGGAGUACAAACGCUCACAAGACUACGGCCCAGAGACGCUCCUUCCUGGUUUGUUUGAGAUCACCUGUGCUGUCGUCCACAGCCGCCUCCAAUUCGAGUUCAUCUAUGGCAAGGCGCUGGCCCAUCAGCCUGAGAUCAUGCAGUGGAUUCAGCAGUGCGCAGAGUCCCUGGGCAAGAUUGCAGAGCUGCUUUCUUCUUCAGCCUGUGCAGUAACGUUAACUGAUCUUCCACAGUUGUCCUUGAGCUAUAGCGACCUUGAUCAGCUAGAACAAAAGCUCUUCGACUCAGGGAUCUCCUUCUCGGAUCUGGAGGAUAUCUAUCCGGCUCUGCCUAUGCAAGAGGGGAUUAUGCUCAGCCAGGCACGUAACGCGACGCCCGGGCUGUACCGCACCGGCUCUGUGUUAGAGUUCAAAUUGAACUCGGAUUAUAGCGAUCCCCAUCUUGGUCUAGGCAUCGAGGGUCUUCAUCGUGCUUGGGAGCAGGUUGUCGGCCGCCAUUCCGCUUUGCGCACAGUCUUGUUGCCCAGCGACUCGACUGGCCAUGCCUACAACAGCUUCAUACUCAAGCCUGGCUCGACUCUAUUGUCCUCAUCCUUAUCCAUAAUCAGGUACCAGCCGUAUGGAGACAAAGAGGCGGAAAGACUGAGUGUCGUGACGAUGCUUCGAGAACAACGAGAGGGAGCUCACCCACAGCAGCAUCUCCCCUGGCAGAUCAAAUUCUUUGCGCCCUCGGGUCCCAGUCCAAGCUCGGUCUUCUGCGACAUCGAAUUCAAUCACGCGAUUAUGGACGGCUGGUCUUCUUCCGUACUGAUUCGAGAAUGGGUUGAAGCGUACAACGGUCAGCUGCCCGUCGGAGACGCUUCCAAGUAUGGCGACUACGUCUCGCACAUCCAGGGCAAAGACAUGACCACGAGUCUGGAGUAUUGGCAGGAGUAUCUCGCACAGGCAGAAUGCUGUCACUUCCCUUCCCUUGUCGACCAUGGUGAGCCCACCAAAAAUGAGCUAUACAACGUCGACGUCGUUCUCAGCGAGCCAAACAAUCUCAGCGACUUUCUGAAGCGCCACAGUGCAACCGUGACCAGUGUUUUCCACGUCGCCUGGGGUCUGCUGCUUAGGAGCUAUACCGGCAACAACGACGUCUGCUUCGGCCACCUCACCUCCGGCCGCGACGUGCCUAUCCCGGGCGUGGAAGCAGCAGUCGGCUUAUUUGCUAACCUUCUACCCUAUCGCAUUGUGUUUUCGAACGGAGACACCCCCUAUUCACUCCUACGGAACUGCCAAGAUGCUCUGGCUCAGGGCCUCUCACACCAGCACGUGUCUUUGACGAAGGUGAUGGCCAAUCUGGGGUUGCGUGGACAAGCCCUCUUCAAUACUGUGCUUUCCGUCCAGGGUUCGAUUCCUAGGGAGUCACCGGAAACCAGAGUAGGAGGACUGGUCGUGGAAGAGGUUGAAGAAGUGGAUCCCACCGAGUAUGAUAUUGCCCUCAAUGUGCAUUUCACCGGGGCCGAGGUCAGAGCAUACUUGUCCUGCUGGACCUCGAAGAUUUCUCCGUGGCAAGCAAACAAUGUCGCAGACACUCUUGCACACAUUGUGUCGCAGAUUGUUACCUUGCCAGAAGAAGUGAUUACAAAUAUCAGCCUGCUGGGCAGCGAGCAGCGUAGGGCCCUAGAGGCGCAGAAUCUGAGGACACCAAUGGCUAUUGACGAAUGUGUCCAUGAACUGUUUCGCAGGCAGGCUUUAAGUGCACCUGACGCUAGCGCAGUAUGUGCCUGGGACGGCAGUUUGUCUUAUCGCGAGCUUGACGAGGCCUCGUCGCGCAUCGCGGAGGUCCUUCGUUCCACGGGUAUUGGGGUUGGCGAUUGGGUACCUCUGUUCUUGGAAAGGUCACGCUGGGUUCCAAUUGCCAUUCUAGGAGUACUCAAAUCCGGCGCGGCUUUUGUGAUGAUGGAAUCGUCUUUCCCGCUUGCGCGACUCUGCCAGAUCGCCGAUGACACAGACGCCAGCGUCAUUCUUACCGUUCAAAAUAUGAUGGACCGAGCGAGAACAGUCCGGCAAAAAGCCAUCGCGCUCGAUGUGAUGGAAUCGGGGCCCUUGGGCUGUACUGUGCCAGAUUCCGCUUCUGCUCGUUCGCCUGCUCCGACUUCUCGAGAUGCGUUGUAUGCGGUGUUCAGCUCAGGAUCGACGGGAAAGCCGAAAGGUAUUGUUAUCGAGCACUGUUCAUACGCCAGCAGCUGCUUUGCCCACGCGCCCGCUGCGCGUUACAACAGCAGAUCUCGAGUCUUUCAUUUUGCCUCGUACGCAUUCGAUGCUUGUAUGGCGGAAAUCCUAACAACUUUGAUCGUUGGAGGUUGUAUCUGUAUCCCCAGCGAAAAAGAUCGAUGGAAUGACAUGGCUGGCGCAGUCGCCAGGCUUCAGGCAAACCAUGUCAUUUUAACCCCUUCAACGCUCCGCAGCCUGGAUCCACGCCAAUUCCCCUCUCUGAAGACUGUGCUUGUCGGCGGGGAGGCCCUCUCUCUGAAAGAGUUGCAGCAGUGGUGUGACGCUGGCCCUUCCCUGAUUCAAAUGUACGGCCCAUCAGAAGCUGCCGUAUACAGCUCGGGAACCGAACCGUUGCGCAGCACAAGCGAUGUACGGGAAAUUGGACGUGUCCUCGGAUCAAGGGCAUGGGUUGUCGACCCGCGCAACCCACAUGUCCUGGCCCCCAUCGGCGCUGUCGGCGAGUUGGUCCUCGAGGGCCCCUCGGUCGCCCGCGGGUACCUGAACAAUCCCGAGCAAACAGGAGCCGCAUUCAUCGAUCCACCUGCCUGGCGCGAUAACUUCUCUUGCCACCGUUCAGGCCGGUUAUACCGCACAGGCGACUUGGUCCAGUACACAAAAGGCGGCACUAUCCGAAUCACCGGACGAAUAGGCACCCAGGUGAAACUGCGCGGCCAGCGAAUUGAGCUGGGCGAGAUUGAAUGUGUGCUCAAUGAGUUAUUCCCCGAGUGUUCCGAUAUCGUUGUUGAGAUGGUUACGCCCGAUGCUGGUUCAGCUCGGCCUGCGGCGCUAGUUGCUUUUCUUAGCGGACAUGUGCAAAACUCUUCCUGCUUCCCUGAGUUUGAUGGCUUGUUGCAGCCGCUUUCAGGGAAACUCCAGACCCAGCUCGAUGAUGCCAGAUAUCAGUUGUCGGAACGGCUGCCCUAUUACAUGAUUCCGGAAUUCUUCCUUGCUGUCGAGCAGCUUCCUCUCAGUGCUGGAGGCAAAGCGGACAGAAAGAGACUUCGCAGCGAGGCCGCAACUCUUAUUGAAGGUGGUGCGUUGGAGAGUGCUUCGCCUCCAGCGAGGGACACGGUCGAUGUUACACCUGCCGAGCGGGAAAUGCGUGCCUUGGUAGCGGAAGUUCUUGGCCGCCCACCUGCGACUCUCGGUGUCGAGGAGAACUUCUUCCGGAUUGGCGGUGAUUCUCUGGUGGCAAUGAAAUUGGUGCAGUUGGCGCGAUCCCGGAAUAUCAACCUGACCGUUCGUGACAUCUUCCAGAGUCCCCAAAUAUCGGCAUUAGCUUCUUCGGUGCAAAUUCCGGAAAAGGAAGAGAACAAGCCCCAGCCUGCUGCCUCGACAACACCAGAUGUCGCUCCCUUUUCCUUGCUCAGUCCGGAGUAUAGGGUCCGCAUCAUCCGCGAGGUCGCUGAAAAGGUUGAUGUUGAUCGCGAAGGCAUCGAGGAUAUAUACCCUUGCACGCCGUUGCAGGAAGGCAUGCUAUCAUUGAGCUUGCGAAGCCCGAGCGCAUACGUAGCCCAAAACACAUAUGCGCUGCCGGUCGGCUGUGACUUGGCUCGAGUGAAGAAGGCAUGGGAACAACUUAUCCAGGCCAACUCAAUCCUGCGAACUCGGAUUGUUCAAACGAGUUCCUCGCAAGGGGCAUUGCAGGUUGUUCUGCACUCCAGCCAGCUCGAUUGGUGUGAGGGUGACGAUCUUGAGUCAUAUCUCAAGGCGGACCAACAGAGACCUAUGGGCAUGAUGGAUUCCCUUCUCCGUUUGGCCAUGGUCCAUGACAAUGGCUGCAGCUAUGUAGUGGUCACCAUUCAUCACGCUCUCUACGACGGCUGGUCCGAAGGGUUGCUUCUGGAACAGCUGGAGGCCGCCUAUACUGGGCAGUCACUCGUGGUAAGACGCUUUGCGCCUUUCGUCCAAUACAUCCGGGACACGAAUCAUCUCGCCGAGGAGUUUUGGCAGGGAAAGCUGGCAGGCUUGGCGGUGACUUCGACUGCAUUCCCACCGGCCCCUUCGUCGAAUUGCCAGCCCAUACCAACAGCCUCGGCAACACGCAGCAUGAAGCUCACAGCCGGACACAUGUCGUCUCCCUUUACACUCUCAUCCCACUUGCGGUUAGCAUGGGCACUGACAUCUAGUCAUUUCACCGCAUCCGCAACGGUUAGGUUCGGCGUGAUUGUUAGUGGGCGAAGCGCUCCAAUGGCAGGGAUCGAGAACAUAACCGGCCCAACGAUUGCGACGCUGCCGGUUCGAGUCUUCAUCGAUCCUUCGCAGACAAUAGACGAGAUGUUAUCCAAUAUCCAAGAAGCUUCCACCCGUACGGCGCCAUUCGAGCAGUUUGGAUUGCAGAACAUUCGUGCACUGGGCGAGGCGGCGUCGAUGGAGUGCCAGUUCCAGAGCUUACUUUUAGUCCAGCCGUCGAACGAUGAUGGAAAGAAGAAUCCCUUGUUGCGUCCCGUCAAUAUCGAGGGAGCGUCGGCCCGGUUUGACACAUAUCCUCUUACACUCCAAUGCAGUAUCCUUGACAGCAGUGUCGACGUGGAAGCAAUAUUUGACGGUCAAAUAAUCUCGCCGAAUAUGAUGCGCAGUGUUCUAGAACACUUCACACACGUCUUUGAGCAGAUUGCAACUGACACAUCCCGCUCAGUGGCGGAGAUAUCGCCCGUCAGCACUGAAUCAGCCGCACGACUGACAAAAUGGUACUGCGAAUCACGCGAAUGCCAGCCAGUAGAGGAUACAGUGGUUGUCCAUGAUCUCAUCACCCGCCAAUGUCAAUCGCAGCCCGCAGCCCCAGCGGUGAAUGCAUGGGAUGGCGACUUCUCCUACGAACAAGUAGACCGGCUGUCAUCUGCUUUUGCGGUUCGUCUGAUACAUGUCGGUGUCGGGCUCGAGUCAAUUGUGCCCGUGUGCUUCGAGAAAUCGAAGUGGCUGGCGGUGAUCAUGCUUGGAAUCCUGAAAGCUGGCGCCGCCUUCGUCCUGUUGGACCCGUCAUCUCAGCCAUUGGAACGAUUGCAGUACAUGGUCGAGGCUGUCGGAGCCAAAUUCGCAAUCAACUCAGAGACCUUCUCGUCUCUUGUCGCGCAAUUUCCUGGAGUCCAAUCAAUCCUUUUAUCAGAAGAAACUGCCUCGAUUGCGACAGAUGGUCUUGAAAGCAUGCCUGCUGUAACAGGUCAGAAUGCGCUCUACACCAUCUUCACGUCCGGGACAGAAGGGAAGCCCAAAGCUGCGGUCAUUGAGCAUGAGGGCUACAUCGCCGGAUCCUUGUCGCGCCAGCAGGUCACCGGCCUUCACUCUGGUUCUCGCGUACUGCAGUUCUCGUCUUGCGCGUUCGACGCCUUCGUUACGGAUAUCCUAGACACCUUCAUAGCGGGCGGUUGCGUCUGCAUCCCGUCUGAGUCUGACCGAAACGCGCACUUGGGCCAGUUCGCUCGCGAUAUGCGCAUCACUUAUGCUGACUUGGUCCCCUCUGUAGCGCGCUUGCUUAGUCCGCACGAUGUGCCCACUCUCGAAACAUUCGCGCUGAGCGGCGAAGCUAUGGCUGCAGACGAUAUAGCCCAGUGGGCUGACAAGGUCAAGCUCUGCAAUCUAUACGGGCCCGCAGAGUGCAGUGCAGUUGCCACCGGCCGUGUUGUUUCUCGGGCUGACCCCAAUCCAUCCAACAUCGGUCGGGGUUGUGGUGGGUUUUGCUGGGUCGUCGAUCCUGCGGACCACACGAGACUUCUUCCAAUCGGUGCCACCGGAGAACUGGUUAUUGAAGGCUCCAUCGUUGGACGCGGCUACCUAGGUAAUGUUCAAGGACCAGCUGCUUCCAACUUCCUCCGAGAGCAACCACCCUGGAGACAAAUAUUCCCUCAUGCAAAGGGGAACGCCAGAAUGUACAAGACCGGAGACCUUGCGCACUACAACGCAGAUGGAACAUUAACAUUCAUUGGUCGGAAGGAUCAGCAGGUCAAACUGCAUGGUCAGCGCUUGGAACUCGGCGACGUUGAACAUCAGCUUCGCCGUGCUUUCGAUUCUGCCCUCGAUGUUGUUGCAGACGUGGUCGACAGUAGCUCGAAGAAGCGCCUUGUCGCGUUUGUUCUCAUGGAAGAUUCGGACGAAACAGCGAGCGACGUGUACAUUCCAUCCUCGGCUGAAUUCCGAGUCCUCAUUCGUACGGCAGAGAAGAUCCUACGAAGUGCGUUGCCCGGGUUCAUGGUUCCAACUGCUUUCUUCCCCAUUUGCGCCCUUCCGCGGGCUCCUUCGGGCAAGGUGGGCCGUCGCCGACUGAAGCAGGCCGCGGCAGAUUUCAUCUUGCGUGACGGUCUGGAGCCUUACACGGCCGCCAGAGAACGGCGCGCUCCAGAAACGGAGGCUGAGAGAAAGCUACUGGCAAUCUGGGCCCAGACUCUUGGCUUGGAGGCCUCGAGCGUCGGAGUUGAAGAUGGCUUCCUUCAACUCGGCGGCGAUUCCAUUACCGCAAUGAGGGCGGCGGCGCUUGCUAUGGCUGAAGGUCUGCAGGUCUCCAUUCCCAAACUCUUUCAGAAUGAAUCGCUUCGCAAUUUAGCGGCGGAGACGUCAAGUAAAGAUGCCUGUUCGCUCAACUGGGAACAAGAAGCCGCCUUCCAACUCCCCGACGACGUGCAGCUGCCCUUGCUUUCUUAUUCCUCUCUUCCUGGAGCCGCGGAUGCUCCGAGAGAUGUUUUGCUGACCGGUGCCACCGGCUGCUUGGGAAGCGAGCUCGUUCAGCAGCUCAUCCAAUACCCUGAGGUUGACACGGUCCAUUGCAUUGCUGUUCGAACGCCCUCUCGCCUCCCGGUUCAUGAAAAGAUAGCAGUCUACCCAGGCGAUCUCUCGCUCCCACGAUUGGGCCUAACUGAGGAGCAGGAAGCGAUGCUCCUCGAGCGUUGUCGUGUCAUCAUCCACUGCGGUGCGCGGGUUUCUUUCGUGCAAGACUAUGCCACCAUGCGAGCUUUCAACGUCGAAUCCACCAAGCAUCUUGCCCGUCUUGCGCUCAAGGCAGCAAUUCCAUUCCACUUUAUCUCGACAAUUGGAGUCUUGCACCCGAAAGGAGAGAACUCGGCCCUGGAGGAAGUUGCAGUCACAAACCCGCCCAAGGAUGGAGCUGCAGAUGGCUACACGGCGACAAAAUGGGUCAGCGAGGCAUUCCUGGAGAACGUCAACGCCCAGACUAACCUCCCCAUCUUCAUUCAUCGUCCGUCCAACAUCACUAGCGGCAGUGCCCCGGAAACCGACAUCAUCAACAACUUGCUUGACUAUUCGCGUCGAAUGAAGAUGGUCCCCCGUCUAAACGGCUGGAAGGGGUAUUUCGACCUCGUCCGGUGCGAGCUCGCUGCAUCGAACAUCACUGAGAGCGUACUGCAUUCAAUACAAUGCGCCAUCACAGACUCCGCGUGUGAGCGUCAACCAAGGGUGGAGCAUAUCCAUGAGUCCGGCGAGACCGUUUUUGCGGUCGGCGCUCUGAAAACGUACUUAGAGGCGGAAGGCGGACAGUUUGAGGAGGUGAGCAUAGCGACCUGGAUUGAGCACGCGGUGGAGCGCGGCAUGGCAAAGCUUGUUGGCGAUUUUCUAAGGCAGAUUGACGAGGACGGAGAAAAGAUCGAGAUGCCGCCGAUUCGGAGCCGAAGACAGCCACUGUGCGUUGGGCGAUUCCAAGGCGAGAACGUAUGA